AUGGAGAGUUUUGGAAAUUUGAGUAUAGGAGACAGUUUCACUGGCGGAAUGGAACAUGUUGAUGAGGAACUAGUAGGUCUUUCCAACCUAAGUAUAUCGAAAAAUGGGCCAGCUUUAUCCCCGCAACUUAUUAACCGGUUCAUGCCCCAUUUUCCUUCAAGCCCAUCACCUCUGCGAAAUACAUUAGAUUUUAGUGCUUCUAACGAUGAUGAAGAUGACCGAAUGGAGAUAGAUGAGAUUGACGACACAAGUUUUGAAGAAGAAUGCAGCAGUGAGCCAGUUAAAGCUCCUGUUGAGGUGAAAAAAGAGUCCAUGGUGGAAGAAAUCGAAGCCACGCCAGAAGACAGAAAAGAGCAGGAAAAUAGUGAAAGACAAGAUCGAAACCUACGUGAGAAUGAGAAUAUUGUUUCACCGCAUCAUUCAACCGUCAUAAAGGCAUUGUUGUCACCAACGGAUCUAGGUGUAGCCGCAGCUACCAAAGUGGAAAGUGUUGUUCCAAUACAAUCAGCUAAGCUAGGCAGCAAUAAAAUUUCAGAAAGCAAUACAGGAGGUGAAAAUAUAAAUCAAAAUGAAGAAGUCGAGGAUGAAAUUAACUUACCAAUUGGGGGGGGCAAAUCAAGCAAAUACACAAAUGCGUUCGAUUCUGAGGUCAUUAAAAGGGAAUUAAGAUCAAGAUCGAAAUAUCAACCGAUUCAAGUCUCGUUCAAUACACACAAUUAUUUCUAUUCAGAUAAGGACGGCAUCAAGACAUAUUCUCUUACGAAACCAAAUGACAAUGGAGUAGAUGAAUUUUAUGACCAAAACGGUGCUUUCAAAUUGCCCAAACCAUGGUCACCCAAUUCGCAUCCGGCAUCAAGAGCAUCAUACGCCCUGAUGUCAUAUUUACAGUUAUUUCUCAAUGCAAUCACUUCAAUCGUGAUUUUCUCUUUUAUACUCUCCUUUGUCUUGGCGCUUCGAAAGGACUUAAAAUCCACAUGGGAACAAAGAAAGCACGAACUGCACUACGAAUCAAAGAACUGCCAAGAACAAUACAUCACAAAUCGUUGCAACCAGACGCCGGGUUUACCGGCUCUCAGUGAACAGUGUGCGAUAUGGAAACAAUGCAUGAAUAGAAACAACGACAUCUUCUUCCGUGCAAGAUCGACGUUGAGCGCAAAGUUGCUCGGAGAUAUUAUCAACUCAUUCAUAGAUCCGUUAAACUGGAAAACAUUAUUUGUCAUAUUCUGUGGUGUCAUAACUUGGUGCUUCAGUUCGAAUUUCCUACUGGGAUUCGUAAGAGCAAAGAGUUACUACGGUGAUGGCAUUAAAAGAUAUCCCUUACCAGCUCCGCCGACAACACCGACAACACCGACAUCACAAUCAUCUGAGGCAUCUUCUGGAGAUAGCUCACGAUUGCUCAAGCAGUGA